UGGUCAUGCGGGGGUUAGGGGGUCCUUGAUCGUUAUACAACCGUCGAUUGAGGAGUGAUAAGACGUGUUGUCUGAGAAAGAAAUGUGAUUGUUGUAAUGGUUACAAUGGAGACAAAAACCCACGUGUUUGUCCCGUGAAACUUGGCGCGUAAUGUAGUUCGCAGUUACGGAAUAAAAAUGGAGGCAGAGCGAUAUGAAAAAAAUUUCACAAAUUUUGUCUAAUUGUGGAAAAUUGGCGCGUUGUUUGUUAUGUGCUCGUUGUUAGCGAGAAUCGACCGCGUGAAUUAUUUAUGGAACGUUGUGUAAUACGGAUUAGGUUAUUGUUUUGUGUUCGCGUGUUUAAAAUAAGUUCACAGCUUGAAAUACCCAUAUUUAACAGCAGUUAGUAACAGUUGCCUUGUACCUAUAUUUUUAUGUUUAUAAUUGGUAUUCAAAAGUUCCAAAAACUGUUAUUUCAGGAGUGCAUGAUGCCACCAAAAGGCAGGAAGUCACUAUCUUUGUGGAACCUAUGUGAAAUCUGUAAAGUGAUAGUGGCCCAGAAGGAUUUGAUGACACAUGCAGAGAACUCUUGUCCCCCAUCAUCAGAGUCAUGGACUCAUGGCUAUAUUAAAGACAGAGUUUUGUAUGGAGUACUGGAAGAAGUGAAACAACAAGAUGGGCUGAAGAAUAUUCCAAAGGCAGAACAUGACAACUUGGUAUUGUUGUCCCAGUCAGCUCUACAGUUGUGUGAUAUUAGUAUUGGUGAUCCUGUUAUAGUCAGUGUGGGUGGAGACUCCACUGUCAAGAUAGCAUGGCCAACUUUGGAGAAGAGUCUCGUUUCUGUUCUCUUGACUAGAUCAUCAAUGGAUUUGCACUGGGGCAGCAGUUGUGGUGGUCAUGUGACUGUGAAGAAGAUGAAUGAGCAGCCAUUUCCAGCUGGCUUAGUGUCUGUUCAUAUGACAGAUAAGCUGAACACCACUCCCACAGACCUGUCUGGUUUUCUUCAUGGAAAACACAGGACCAGAAUCUUGAAAAUAGGAGACAGACUGUCUUUGCAACACUAUGGCCAGAAUCUCAUUUUCAUCGUGAAACAGAUAUGCCCAUUUAAAGGUGUGAAUAUUUUGAAAGGGAAAAUUUAUUAUGGAUCAUCGCAACACGAUGAUAAGUCUGUAGAAGCUGUUCAUCAACUUACUGAGGAAUUGAAUGAUCUGCAGUUGUCACAGGAUGCUGGGUGUGGAGGUGAAGUGAAUUUGUUCUAUAGAGUUGUGGAAGGAACGGAGUGGAAUGUUGAAUUGAUUGGGUCCGUAGACAAGAAAGAAAGUGCAAAGAAUGAAAGUGUUUGCAGUUUGUCUUCAAUUGGCGGACUACAAAAUGUAAUCGAGGAAAUUCAUGAAAUUAUCCAACUUGCGUUACAGAACGUAUUUCUAGUUCAAGGUUUGCCAGUGAUUCGAGGUAUCUUGCUGUAUGGAGUUCCUGGUACUGGAAAGACAGUGUUAGCCAAGGCUCUUGCUGCUGAGAGUGGAGCAGCCAUUGUGACAGUUAGUGGUGCAGAGAUAUACAGCAAGUAUCUGGGUGAAACAGAGACCAGACUGCGGCAAUUGUUCAGAACUGCAGAACAACAGGCACCCAGUAUUAUUCUGUUGGAUGAGGUUGAUGCAUUAUGCCCAAGGCGAGCCAGUGAUGGGAGUGGGGGCUCUGAGCAGGAUAAACGAGUUGUGUCAACAUUGCUUACUUUGUUAGAUGGAUUACAUCUUCCUUUGCCAGCAUCUCAGAGAAAAGAGACAAAGGCAGUUCUGGUAAUAGCAACAACCAGCAAGCCAGAUUCUAUAGAUCCAUCCCUGAGGCGGCCUGGCAGAUUGGAUCGAGAAAUUGAGAUCAGUGUACCAAGUCCUAAUGCUCGUCUUGAUAUUCUGCAGAAACUUCUGUCAAAAACUCCUCAUGAAAUGACAGAGGAGGAGCUAAGGAAUGUGGCUCAUUCAGCCCAUGGUUAUGUGGGUGCUGACCUGGCAGCACUGUGCUCCCGUGCAGCUGUUCAUGCUGUUAAGAGGACAUAUGCAGGAGAUGUUUUAUGUGGUAUUGACCCAGUUAUUGUCAAAGUAGAAGACCUUCUCUGGUCUAUGACUCAAGUGAAACCAAGUGCAAUGAGAGAAGUCCUCAUUGAGGUGCCAAAUGUACGAUGGAGUGACAUUGGUGGACAGCAUGAACUCAAGUUGAAGUUGCGUCAGGCUGUGGAGUGGCCAUUGAAACACCCUGAAGUUUUCGCUCGACUUGGAAUUUCUCCUCCGCGAGGUGUUCUAAUGUUUGGACCCCCAGGAUGUUCAAAGACUAUGAUUGCAAAGGCUCUUGCUACAGAGAGUAAACUAAAUUUCUUGUCAAUAAAGGGACCAGAGCUGUUCAGCAAAUGGGUUGGCGAGUCAGAGAGGGCAGUACGGGAGGUCUUCCGCAAAGCCAGGCAGGUGGCACCAGCUAUUGUAUUUUUUGAUGAAUUGGAUGCUCUAGGAGGAGAACGAAGUGGGGCUUCAGGAUCUGGAGCUAGCAAUGUUCAGGAAAGGGUUUUGGCUCAGUUACUUACAGAACUAGACGGAGUAGAGCCUCUGGGAAACGUGACAGUGGUUGGUGCUACCAACAGGCCAGAUCGGAUUGAUAAGGCAUUACUCCGGCCAGGCAGGUUGGAUCGUAUAGUUUACGUACCGUUGCCAGAUGCUAGUACUCGCCAGGAGAUCUUAGACAUGCAGCUGCAUAAGAUGCCAGUAGCCCCUGAUGUGAAUAUCAGUGAACUGGUGAGCAGAACUGAGGGAUACUCUGGAGCAGAGGUGUUAGCUGUGUGCCAUGAGGCAGCGCUUAAUGCUUUAGAAGGGAACUUGGAUGCAACCAGUAUUACACAUAACAAUUUUAUGUCGGCCCUCCAGUUGGUCACACCCCGUACACCAUCUUCGCUGCUUCAGUUAUAUGAGACAUAUCUGAAGCAGACUUGAGAUUUGAUGGUCUGUGGGAUGUUCAAGUAGCCACAGAAAGAUUAAAGGAUGACAUAAACACAGAAGAGCAUGGAGUUCAGCUUAAAAGUUUUGACUAAAAUGAAUCUCACUGCAACUUGAGAGGAUGGGCAAAAGAUUGAAGUGUUCCAGUUGGAAAGCAACAGCUUAUCAUCAACAACAGAAGCAUGUUGCAGGUACUAAGAUGAAGAGGCCGAGGACUGCACUAACUCUGGAAGCAAAGCUUGAUAUUAUUCAGCGACUUGAGAGAGGCCAGACUGCUGCAUCGGUUGGACGUUUAUAUAACGUAAAUGAGUCAAGCAUACGUACUAUAAAGAAGAGUGCAGAAAAAAUUAGAAGUGCUAUAGCCCAGUCAUGCUCAGUAGCUGCAAAGAAGUCGAUAAGAGUGAGAAAUCCUUUGCUGGAAAAAAUGGAAAUGAUGUUAGUAACAUGGAUGGAAGAUCAGAGGAAAAAGAAAGAUGCCCUGAACAGCACUGUUAUUCGUGCAAAAGCACUGAAGCUGUACAAACACUUACAGCAAGAAGAUGGGGGUUCUUCAGGUACUGAGUCUUUCUUGGCAAGUAAGGGUUGGUUCGAAAACUUCAAGAAGCGGCAAAAUCUAUAUAACACCAAGCUUAUAAAUGAAGGUUCCAAAUCUGUACACAUUUGCUCCCCAAAUUCCCCAGCUGAAGUGAAAGCUGAAAGUUUUCUGCAGGUAGAACAAGAGGAGGAUGAGGAACAACAGACUGUUGUGCCAUCAGACGAGCUGACAACAAAGAAGCUGGCCCUCUUCUUCACCCUUGCUGAUCGGCUUGCCCAGGAAGCAAUGGAUAUGGACCCAAAUCUAGAGCGGAGUUUACAGUUUGGUAGGAAUUUGUCAUCUGCCUUGGCUGUCUAUAAAGAUCUCUACAGACUGAAACAGCACGCAUUGAAGCAUUCCACAGUAACUCAAUAUUUGAAGACCCCCAGAUCUACCACUCUCACUCCAGCAAACACAUCAUCAUAUUCCCUGACUUUUGCUAAACUCCCCACUUCCCACACUGGUUCCUCGAAGCCUUUUGGCACUGAAAGCCCACUGCAGAAGUGUUCUCAGUUGCCACUGCUUGCUGGUGGCGACACUGAGUGUAAUCCUAACGAACAUUCACCACCUUUUUCUUCUUGUAGCAAUUAAAUUUUCCCUACGUCAAGUACUAGUCUGUUUUGCUGACCACUCACAGAUUGUGAUAUUGUUUUUUUUUUUUAUUAUAUCUCAUUUCUCUCAGUUCAUGGUCAGAAGACUUAUGGUUCAGCAGAAGGGUACCUGAAAGUGUAUAAAACAUGUCCUUACUUCUCUUGAACAACUGAAUUCAAGUUUUUUAGCCAUUUUUCAAAAUUAAUUCACUGCUGUGUUAAAGGAAUGACUUUUCUUUUAAUAUUAAUGUCAUACAAUAACCUUAAAAAUGUGUUCAAUUUGAAUUUUCACAAAUUCACAAAUUGUAUUAUAUUUUAAUGUUAUGAGUUUCAUAUUUUGUAUCUGAGCGUUUGUCAUGAAUGGUCGUUACAGCAAGAUCCCCAUUUAACGUUUCUUGAUUUAAGGUUUUGCUGCAUUUAAUGUUCAGUUUCAGUGAUUCCAAAUCAGUAAUCUCAGUGUUAAAUUACUUUCGUCUGAGAUUUUCCUCAGUUUUGUGUCUAAAUCCACUUCUUUCAAAAGAAACCUUAUUUGGGGUCCUGCUGUGUCAUGAACAUGUUAUU